UACCUACCACUAAAACUUCCGAUCCGAUGCCACUUAUAUCAUUACAAGCUCUCGUAAUAAAAAGCUCUUGAUAAAAAUUUAGGUUUUAUUGGAAGCGCUCUUUUAUCGAGUUUCAUGUAAUCUAAUUUCCUUUAUUUAACGUUCCAGUUUUCGAGACCGAAUCGAUCUCUCUUAUUGCAGCCCAGCCUCCUGAAAAUUAAUAUUUGAUCGGGAUUAGCCCCGAUCGAAGUCCGCAACCGUUUCCGAGGAGGGUGCCGCGACUUCGCUUCGCGAAGCACAUCAUCCGUAAUUCUGCCCGCCUUUGGUCGAGCUUGCGCAGUUUCCGCGCCAAUAUGGAUUCUUUGAGUGAUGCAUUCCUUGCGCCAAGGGCGCAACGCUUUCCACGGAAUUUCGCGUCCGGGAGUACUCGCGAACGAUCGCUCGUCGCGACGCCCGACGUUUUCCGGGUAUAGCGGUCCUUCGUCGUAUAGCAUAUAGCUGGGACCUAGCGUGAUGUCCGAGGACUAUCAGCACGCCUGCGAGAGGGCAGAAUUGCUGGGGUUGCCGAGGCCCACCGAGGAGGAGUGGAGGCAGUCGCAAGCGGCGCAGAGCGAGACUCGUCGUUGCGACGACGACGACGACGACGAUGGGGCAUUACAGGACUUGGAUUACGUGGACGAGGCGGCCGGACGCAUCGGCGGCGGCCUGGACGAGCUGAACAGCAUUCUGAGCACCACGCAGAAGAAGCUCAACAGAUUCAAGACAGUUUGCGGCAGUCUGGGAACGUUGCUCAAAGGGAAGGUACACUCUCGCGGCGGAACGCCGCGCCACAAGCCCGAGGAGCCGAAUCCUGACGCGGAAAAGCAGGAAAUUCAGGAGAAGUCGGAAUCUAUGGUCGACGAGGUGAUGACGGUGGAGACGUCGGAUGAGACCGUCACGAAUACCGCGAACCAGCCCACGAACAGCGGCAUUCAGCCGAAGAAGAUCGAUCUCAACCAGAAAAUGGGAUCCCACUUGAAUAAGCUGGACUCCCUGAUUACGAAGGCUGAGAACGCUCAAUACAGUAUGCAGCAUCAAACGAAACAAAUGAAGAAAAUUCUGAAGAAGUAAUAAUAUAAAACGAAUGUUUAAUUAAUCGACUGAACGAUAAAUUCGCGCGAGAUUGAUUUUAUCAAUUAAAUUAAUCGGUAUCUUCUAUUUGGAAUGUAAAGUUGUACGAGAAAAUAUUUUACAGAUAUGUCACACGCGUAAAUUAAUCCCGAGGGUAUUUCUUGGCUUUGACCGAUAAAUUCUACAUUCAUGUAGAUGCGUAGUUAUAUAAGAAAACCACGAUAAGCAAUUUCGCAAACAGCCAUCGGGUAUAGGAAAUCGUAUAGAUUUCAAUUGUUACAUUGCACAUAUGAAGUUUAAUUGUUGCAUCGAAUAUUGAUACCUUUCUCACGAUAUAUUUAUCAGAAUCGUGAGAGAAAUCUUGUGAAUAAUUGUUAUCAAUUCUUUUAUAUGUCAUGCGACGUUUUCUUUGUCGCUAAAAAUAUUGUUACGAUAAUAUGUGUAUUGUCAAAUGUAUAUA